UGACACUUUUCAUGCGCUCGUUGUAAACCUGUGAGUCUUUUUUGUCGGUCGUAAUCGUUACACCCUGACUUACGCACUCAAUUCUUCUGCUACAGGAUACAUUCCUUAAGAGACACUUCUUGGCAGCAUACUUCAGGUGUUGUGUCGACUCGAGAAAAGGCGACACUCCCACUUCGUAAUGUACGCUGUUGUCACGUUACCACUGUUGCUUGUUUCAGUGGCUCACCAUGGGCCACUUAAAUGUAUCUCGUAACGCCUAUUCUGUUUUUGCAGGAUUGUAUUAUUGCGAGCACGGUGGUUAGUUAAUCAUGUUUCGAACGUGUGUAGACUGCGUGUUCCCCCGUGCUGCGUGGGUUUUCACAAAGUACGCUCGCGUCCCCCCACAUCCCUAAAAAUGCAUGUUAGGUUCAUUGAAGACUGUAAAUUGUCCAUUUGUUAGUGUCAAUGGCUGUUUCUCUUUAUGUGCCCUGCGAUAUGCUGGCAACCAGUCCAGGGUGUAACCCACCUCUCGCCCGAAGUCAAAGGCUCCAGUUGACCAGUGAACCUAAUGAGAAUACGUGAUGAAAAUGGAUGGUAUUGUUGCAAGAUUGAAUAUAGGGAGGGAAGAUAUAUUGUGCGCUACAAAUGUAGUCAACCUGGCCCCAUACAGGAUGUAUUGAGGCAAAGACCAGGCUGGAUUGAAGUCAAAGAUGAUGGUGAAUGGGACUUCCACUGGUGUGGGGUUGGCUGGCUCAAGGAGAAUUUGUACAUGGAGGAACAUGUAAGAGUCAACCAUUUUCGCAACCAUUACGAGCUGACGCGCAAAGACUUCAUGCUGAAAAAUCUGAAAAGAUUCAAAAAGAAUCUUGAAAGGGAGGCCAGCUGCACGGAGGGCUCUAAAUGUGAUUUCUUCCCCUGCACUUUUGCUCUGCCUAAUGAGUAUCAUCUCUUUGUGGAGGAGUUCAAAAGAAACCCUGGUAGCACCUGGAUCAUGAAGCCGGCAGCAAAAUCUCAAGGGGCAGGCAUCUUCCUUUUUAAAAAACUAAAAGACAUCAUGGAAUGGAGGAAGCAUGAUGGCACUCGCUCUGAGGAGCAGAAAGAUGCAGCUCAAGUGGAAAGCUAUGUGGCGCAGCGCUACAUUGAGAACCCCUACCUACUUGGUGGGAGGAAGUUUGACCUGCGAGUCUAUCUGAUGGUCACAUCAUAUUUUCCCUUGAAGGCAUGGUUAUAUCGAGAGGGUUUUGCUCGCCUCUCAAGCACACGCUUCUCCCUUAGUAGUAUUGAUGAUAAGUAUGUCCAUCUCACGAAUGUGGCUGUUCAAAAAACAGCACCUGACUAUGAUCCUGAAAAAGGAUGUAAAUGGAAGAUACAGAAGCUCCGUAGGUACCUGACUGCAAAGCACGGAAGGCAGGUGGUGGAAAGUCUGUUCAAAGAGAUGGAUAACAUCUUCAUCAGUAGCCUCCAGAGUGUGCAGAAGAUCAUUAUAAAUGACAAACACUGCUUUGAGCUCUACGGCUAUGACAUUAUGUUAGAUGAGAACCUCAAACCGUGGUUAAUAGAAGUAAAUGCCUCUCCAUCACUUGCACCUAGUAGUCAGGAGGAUUAUGACAUGAAGUACAGCCUGCUGGAAGACACUGUGAAUAUUGUGGAUAUGGAAGGAAGGUUGACUGGAAAGGAGAAGAGAGUGGGCGGUUAUGAUCUCGUCUGGAAUGAUGGGCCUGUCUAUAGCGAGGACGUUGAUCCAGAAAUAUUUGGCUGUUCAUCUUUAAAAGCCAACACAUACUUGGGGUGUGCAAAUGACAGAGAACACCAACUAAAUACACUUGUGAAACCUUUUCCCGGCCAGAAGAGGCUAUGAACUUGUCAGUUUGAUGUUGGGCCACUAAAUAACUUUCUUCAUGACCUCACUUGUAACAUCAGUCUCAAGAGUUGGCAUUGAUUGCUUUUUUUAACUGGACCUCAACUUCAUGAAGUUGAUUACUUCUCUGUUGUCAGCAUUUAUUAGACUAUUUGUCAUGGUUUGUGUUUGUUUAAUUUUUUCCUGUCUGCCAUGUUUUUCAUGUCAUGUAUGCUCAUUUAGUUAUUGUCUCCACCUGUUCUCGUCAACCUACCUUGUGUCGACCUUCCCUCCAGCCACUCAUGUUUUGUCCAGGUGUUCCCCGUUGUCUCGUCAAUUUGUUUGUAUUUAGUUCACUGCUUUCUUUCAGGUCUUGUCAGUUCAUUGUCAUGUCGACGGUAAUCUUGUCUCACCCCAUGUUUCCAUAUCCCGUCAUGUUGAUUAGCGGUCAGUAUUUUGGUUUCCAUGUUUCUUUGUUACUUUGAUUAUAGAUUUUUGGACUUUGUUAAGUUAGUAUUUAUAGUUUUUCCAUGUACCUUGUUUGCCAUCUUUAUUUUUGGAAUUAAAUCUCACUUUUGAGACUC